UCAUUGGAGUCCCAGCAGCACGGCGAGAGAGUCAGCGAAAACCCACCAGCGGAGAAAGUGAGCCAGUGCAGUGGCUGCUGUAGCCCAGAUCUGAGGCGAGAGAGUGAGAGUGAGGAUGGAUGAGUCUGUCUCUCCUCAUCAUUUCCCUCUCCUUGGCCGUCUUCCACUUUCUCUAUACCAAAGCCACCUUGCAAUCUCCGCUACACCCUCCGUUCUAUAAAGUCGUCCCGGCAAGGAUGUAGACUCUUAGCAAGCAAGUGGUUAAGCAGGAUUGAGCCCUUUCUCAAGAAAGUUGUCCGUGUUGGGGUCUCAAGUCUACACAGAUCCAAAAUCGACGAAAUCCGGGCUCAUAGCCAGUUCGUUAUGUUAUAUAAGUAGUAGUUUCUGUAUAAUGGUAACCUUCCCCUAGUCUCGCAUAAUUUAAUGUGAUCGGUUGUCCUGAGUGCUGCGCUCAUGACAAAAUUCAAUCACUUUCAACACCUCCGUCUCAACUGUCUCAACCUUUGCGGCUCGCAAUUGAGUUAAUUUUAAGAAAUUCCCAGUAAUCUCAUUUGGUUGUGCAAGUUAUGACUGAGGUUAAAUCAACGACGACGAAGACGACAUCGGAAAAAUGUGCCGCUCGUCUUCGGAUUGCAAUUUCUCUCUAAACAUUUACCUCACUUGGAACCGUUCUUAAUUUGAACGUCACACAACGAGCAACUCAUCGCCGUCCUCAACUCACCACGAUAAUGUACCGCCCGUGUGAAAUUACUUAAGGCAGUGAUGUAACCCAAACACCUGUGCUGUUGUAUCCUCACCCCGAACACUGGAUUAAGAGGAACAAGAAUUAAGUUCAGCUCAAGAGCCGUUACACCCAUACGACGAACUCCCAAGCGUCAUCACCAAUGCAACAAACACAGUAUAAUAAUGUUUUGGCACUGCGGAAACUUCCCAAGGACGGAGAAUUCAACCGUUUUCGUCGAAGGAAAUGGGUAUGGAUGAUGGCAGUCAUUGAUGCGGUUCUGGCCAUCAUGGUGAUGGGGAGGUUCUUUCACUAUGUUUCAAACGAUGCCAGAAUAAGCAACACGCCUCCGGAAUCCGAACUAAAAGACCGAAUAACUCUCUUAUGGACCUGGUUCGCAAUCUUGGGUGCUUAUGUGUGCCAGUUGUUGAUGGCCAUCGCUCUUAUAAUAUCAACGCAAAUGAAUGACACGGAUAUAGCUCUCGGGAACUGCCAGCUUUACGUCUACGGUUGCCACGCCCUCAACAUUUACACGUUUGUGGAAACAGUGAUAGUAGUAUACGACAUUUUUAGGGGUACAUUUUUUCAAGGGAUGGCGAUACUCGUAACCGUAUUGGUCACUGGCAAGAUUUUGUUUAGAACCGCCAUGGUCUUUGCCGUCAAACUCUUUAUGAAAGACCUUGGUCGUCCGUCCUGUACCUGCAGUCAUAAUCGUGCCAAUGCCAAUCACACAGCCGUUGCGGUGGAUGUGGAUGAAAGCAACCUUUUGUCACGGCAGUCAUGGCCGAGUAGAUAAAACGAGUUAUCCUAACCUACACAUAGUAUAAAAGUCAGUCGUCUAGAACGAGGAGUUGAUCUUCGAAGUGACUCAUUAGUGUCAUUUGAAUUUAUUGGAUGUGAAAUUUCAGAAUGUCAUAUAAUGUGCGCUAAUAGGUCAAUAAGACUUCUUCUGACUAAUUUGAGAACUAUUGCAUAGAGCAGCUCAAUACAGCCCGUAAAGCUAAAGACCUCAAGUCCUAGCACUAUAAAAUAAAAUAAUAUGUAGAUACAAGGUUUUAUAACUUAUGUGUGUAAAGAAACCGAAAAGUUCAACAGACCAAGUUUCCUCAUUUUUCUUAAAUGAUGCAAGUCGUUCUUGUUGGCAAACUCUCUUUCCUGUCCAGGUCAUCCUAACCUUUUGCAUACGUGCAAUGUUUGCUGCGUAUUCAACGUUUGACUAAGAUGAAGAAAUGUUGUAAUUUUCAUCUAGAAAAUUACAACCUUACCUUGAUUGCUUAAUUGGACACAUAUUCUACUGUUAUCUGGGGCUGACCUACAUUCCUAUAAUAAAUAAGCUCAAACUACUGCAAUUGUACAAGAAUGAGAUUUGUAUAGUUUCCCAGUACUUUAUAGCUUAUACUUAUCGUUAGUUUCACCUUACGGUUAGUUAGAACUAUGUAUUAGAAAAUCAUAUUGUAUUUAUAUUAUAAAAGUUAUGCUUCUUAAAUAUUUUGAGAAUAUUUCCAACUAUCGAAAGUACGCAUUAAGGUUUUUAGCCGAAAAACUUCUUAUUAAAUCGAACGAGUUGUUGUUUAUGUCGAUUCUUGUACAUGUAUCCUUCCGUCUUAAAAGAAGACACAAUUUUGCUGGUUGUUAACGAUAGAAAUAGGAUUGCAGUUACGAAAUAGAGAGUGACGGAAACAACAUAGACAUUUCUUUCUUCAAGGCCUUGACUAGAAAUACAUUAAUAAAUUUAUACUAUUUACUAGAGUGAGUCGAUCAGGUUAGAAGAGGACUCAGAUUGCUCCAUGAGACGUUAUUACAACUGCGAGCAUGAAAUUUUUGAUGAUAAUUGUUGGAGUGCUGAAUUGAGUUUUAAACAAACAAAAAACUAUCGUACUACUAGAAUUCGUAGGAAUCAAUUAGAUAAGUCAACACUACUGAGCAAUAUGAUUGGAGGUUCUAUGUCGUAACAAAAUGUGAGCGUCCUGUUUCAAAUAUUAUAUAUAUACUGAAUUUAGAUAAUUAAGUGAAAGACACGAGAUAACUGUAUUAAUAUAACUGUUGUGAAGUUAAACAUCAGAGAAAAUGAAACAAUAAACCAAAAUAAAACCAACACUA